UGGUAUCGAAAGAUUUGAAAAGGAAGGUGAGCGGCACAAUAUGGCAAAUAAAAACGAAAACACUCCCCUUCUUACAACUCUUGACUUGGAUUCGUCAAAGUUUUAUAAAACCAAGGUGGCUUUAGAGAAUGUGACGUCGAUCAGUGGUCGCCAUUACCUGAUGAGUCCCUGUAUUCUCGUCCACUUCUUCUCAUACGUGUUCUACAAUCUGGUCACCACACAGUAUCUGUACGACUUCUUCGCAAGAAAAGUAAUAUCAAACGUAACCGCAAUGGAGAUCAACCAAGAUGGCUCGCCGUGUACCGUGAUAAUAGAGUCUGUAUUGUACCAGCAGCGGACUCAGAUACAGAAAGACACGACCAAGGCGUCUCUCACCUUCGUUAUAGCUGGGUGUGCCCCAGCUCUCUUCAUGGACGUCGUCAUCGGUGUGUUGAGUGACCGUUAUGGCAGAAAGAUAUUCAUAAUUAUCUCCCUUAUAGGAACGUUGGUCAAGACGACAAUGACGACCGUUGGAAUGCAUUACAAAGUGGACGUUCAUUAUUUCAUAGUGUUUAUCGCCGUCGAGGGAUUCGCUGGCGGAUGGUGUGCUGUCGUCUCUCUCGGAUUUGCCUAUGUUUCGGAUGUGACAUCAGUCGACAAAUCUAGAACCUCAUCCAUUGUCCUAAUUGAGAUAUCAGUUGGCCUCGGUUUGGUAUUGGCAGGCGUCACUUCCGGUUAUUUGAUCGACGGAGUAGGUUAUAUGUACGCCAUGAUGGUAUUAACUAUUCUAAAUCUGCUCAACAUAUGUAUCAUGGUACUUUGCCUGCCAGAUACAGUUAACGAGACCAACUGUAUUAAAGGCAAAACUAUCCGACUCCUUAAAAGUUCGUUCACUUUCUACACCCGGGACACGUCCGCGACAGCUAAACGCUGGAAGUAUAUUAUGUGUAUUUCUAUUUUCAUAUUAUUUAACUUUAGCGCCCUCAGUCGUCAAACAAUAGAUCAGCUGUACCAGCUUAAUGUUCCAUUCUGUUGGGACUCCAUUAAAAUAGGCUGGUACUCGAGCCUAAGCGAUGUAUCGCGCAAUGUGAUUGGUUUAGCUGUCAUCCGGGGACUCCAGAAUUACAUCUCUGACGAGUUGAUGGUUGUGGUUAGCGCAGUGUCAGGUUGUGGAGCAUAUCUAUUGGAAGCAUUUGCUGUCAAUGAUGCCAUGAUGUUCUUUGUACCUGUGGUUGGGAUAUUCUCCAUGGUGACCGGCCCAAUCCUGAGGUCCAUCAUGUCCUUGAUGACACCGCCGGAUAGACAAGGAGCACUGUUUGCUGGCCUGGCUGUUGUACAGACUUUAUGUACCGUUCUUGUCGAUGUCCUCAGUAAGGCUGUGUACCUUGCCACAGUGGAAAUAUCCCGGGGAGCGGUUUUCCUCUUGUCCGCGGGAUACUGUGUACUUGUCCUCAUCCUAUUCGUGAUAUUCGCACUAAUGUCGAGGAGGUCGGGAAAAGAAAUGACUUUGAAUAAGUGAAAUUAAACGUAAAGACAGGAUAAUGUCGUGGUAGAGGGCGGCACUGAAGCGGCAUAUAUAGACGUUGCAGUUACAAUAUUACUAUGAACUUUCUUCUGCGAAACUGCUGCUUAAUAUUGAUUUGAAAUUAAAGUACACACACACACUUUCUAAAUUACUAGAAAGCAUCCUGACUAAUUACCAGAAAUACACCCUGACUAAAUUACCAGAAAGGCACUCUGAAUAAUCAACAAAAAGCCACACUUAAACGACAAUGGCGGCAUACGGUAUUGUAUCGGUGAAGGCGAUGUAGAACAUGAUGAUGAUGAACACGUGAACGACAGUCAAUGACAUUGUCAACGAGACAACGAGGCACUGUGUUGGCGUCGGACAAGACAUUAUAUCGACAACGAGGCACUGUGAUGGUGUCGGACAAGACAUUAUAUUGACAACGAGGCACUGUGGUGGUGUCGGACAGGACAUUAUAUUGACAACGAGGCACUGUGGUGGUGUCGGGCAAGACAUUAUAUUGACAACGAGACACUGUGGUGGUGUCGGAACGGAAAUUAUAUUGACAACGAAACACUGUGAUGGUGUCGGACAGGACAUUAUAUUGACAACGAGAAACUGUGAUGGUGUCGGACAGGACAUUAUAUUGACAACGAGAGACUGUGAUGGUGUCGGACAGGACAUUAUAUUGACAACGAGGCACUGUGGUGGUGUCGGACAGGACAUUAUAUCGACAACGAGGCACUGUGGUGGUGUCGGACAGGACAUUAUAUUGACAACGAGACACUGUGGUGGUGUCGGAACGGAAAUUAUAUUGACAACGAGGCACUGUGGUGGUGUCGGGCAAGACAUUAUAUUGACAACGAGACACUGUGGUGGUGUCGGAACGGAAAUUAUAUUGACAACGAAACACUGUGAUGGUGUCGGACAGGACAUUAUAUUGACAACGAGAAACUGUGAUGGUGUCGGACAGGACAUUAUAUUGACAACGAGGCACUGUGGUGGUGUCGGACAGGACAUCAUAUUGACAACGAGGCACUGUGGUGGUGUCGGACAGGACAUUAUAUUGACAACGAGGCACUGUGAUGGUGUCGGGCAAGACAUUAUAUUGACAACGAGACACUGUGAUUGUGUCGGA